UUGGAGUAAGAAUUCCUAGACCACUGGGCCACGGACCAAGCAGAUUCAUCCCUGAGAAGGAGACGAUUCAGGUGGGAAACGAAGACGCCAUGAUGCACGCGCUGUUUGCCGAUUCUUUCGCUACGCUGGGCCGGUUGGACAACGUUACCUUGGUGAUGGUUUUCCACCCGCAGUAUCUCGAAAGCUUUCUAAAAACUCAGCACUAUCUGCUGCAGAUGGACGGUCCGCUCCCGCUGCAUUACCGCCACUACAUCGGGAUAAUGGCUGCAGCACGGCAUCAGUGCUCUUACCUGGUUAACCUCCACGUCAACGACUUCCUUCACGUCGGCGGAGACCCCAAGUGGUUGAACGGUCUGGAAAACGCACCUCAAAAACUGCAGAAUUUAGGAGAACUCAACAAAAUGUUGGCUCACAGACCCUGGCUUAUCACCAAGGAACAUAUCGAGCAACUUUUGAAGACUGAAGAGAACAGCUGGUCCCUGGCAGAGCUGAUCCACGCGGUCGUUCUCCUGACACACUACCACUCCCUUGCUUCCUUCACGUUUGGCUGUGGGAUCAGUCCCGAGAUCGACUGCGAAGGGGGUCACACCUUCAGGCCCCCUUCCGUCAGCAACUAUUGCAUAUGCGAUAUCACAAAUGGGUACCACGGGGUGGAUGACAUUCAUGCCAGCCCAGCUGGAAGUAUUCCAUCCGCAGAGUCCGUCUGCGAAGUUGAGGCUCUAAUGGAGAAAAUGAAGCAGCUACAGGAGUGCAGGGACGAAGAGGAAGCCAGCCAGGAGGAGAUGGCCACGCGCUUCGAAAGGGAGAAGAGAGAGAGCAUGUUCGUGUGUUCUUCAGAAGACGAAGAGUCGGCACCGACGAGAGAUGUGUCUCGCCACUUUGAGGACACCAGCUACGGUUACAAAGACUUCUCCAGGCACGGGAUGCAUGUGCCCACCUUUCGCGUUCAGGACUAUUCCUGGGAAGACCAUGGCUAUUCCUUGGUUAAUCGUCUUUACCCGGAUGUGGGACAACUACUUGAUGAAAAGUUUCAUAUUGCUUAUAACCUGACUUACAACACGAUGGCCAUGCACAAAGAUGUGGAUACCUCAAUGCUAAGACGAGCUAUUUGGAAUUAUAUUCAUUGUAUGUUCGGAAUAAGAUACGAUGAUUAUGACUAUGGUGAAAUUAAUCAGUUGUUGGACCGCAGCUUUAAAGUUUAUAUCAAGACUGUGGUUUGCACUCCCGAAAAGACCACAAAAAGAAUGUACGAUGGCUUCUGGAGGCAGUUUGAACACUCUGAGAAGGUCCAUGUAAAUUUGCUUCUGGUGGAAGCUCGGAUGCAAGCCGAACUACUUUAUGCUCUGAGAGCUAUUACUCGCUAUAUGACCUGA